AUGGCUGCAACCAAACGUUCCCACGAGGAUGCCUCCAAUGGUCCCGUGAAGAAGCAACGGAAAGGAUUCCAGGUUGGUCCAGCCAACUUGCCCGAUGGCAUCCACAAGCGCAAAGUGCAAAAGAUCAAGAAAGACCUUAUUCACAAGGCAAAACUCAAGAAACAGUUCGCAAAACUGAAGGCGAGAGAAGGAGCCGCGCCCGAGAGAUCAGUCUACGACCGCGAAGACGACCGUGGAAACGACCGUGACCUCCAAGAUGACGAAAAAUCCCCCGAGGAGCCCGUUCCUGAACCAACGCUAGAGCCACAUCCCGAUCGUUUGCAAUUGUUGGAGGAUGAGAAAAACGCACCUGAGCCCGAACCCGAGUCAACAGACCAUGCCGGCCGAAGGCAAAGGCGACCGCGACCGCAGCCUUUCAAGAAGGAAACUGAGCUUGCCCGCGAGAAGAAAGCCGAAGCUGAGGAGCGGCAAAGGGCGCGCGAGGAAGCAGAGAAGGAGCGGGCUAGGAGGAUCGCAGAGAGGGAACGAUUCCGCAAGACAAUGGCCAAGGCACGAGGAGCUGGAACGGGCAAGAGGAAACUAGGACGCGAAAGUACCGUAUUGCUUGAGAAGGCGAAGCGGAUCAUGGGCAAAACUUGA